AUGAAGGUCCCCCGAGGCAAUGGCACCAAUGGCAUGGGCACAGGCACACAUCUGCCAAAGGAAACCCUCGACACCCUCAACGCUGUUGACUUUAGCGGUAAAACAAUCUUGGUUACUGGAACAACUCAUGGCCUUGGGGAAGCCAUCAGCAAGCAUCUUCUCGUCCGCAAGGUUAGCAGAUUAAUCAUGGGCGUCCGCAAUGUGCCCAGAGGCGAAGAAGUCAAGACGCAGCUCCUCAAUGAUCCGGCCGUGGCGGCUGCAAACCCCAAUGCCAAAAUUGAUGUGUUCGAGCUUGAAAUGGAAGAUUACCAGAGUUUGCAGGCAUUCGCUGCGCAAGUAUACGCAACGACACCCGCAUUGGACGUCGCCAUCAUGAAUGCAGGCAUUGGAGGUGCCGAGUAUCGUCGCGCAAAGUCGACUCACCAUGAGAAAAUGUUGCAGAUUGACCUACUGUCAACUGCGUACUUGGCAAUAAAAUUGGUGCCUUUACUCGAGAAAACAAAUGGACCCAGUCGCCUUGUCCUGGUCGGCAGCUACAGGCAGUUUGAGAGCGAGAUUGCCGAGAAAAAGCUCACUCACAAUGUAAUUGAAUACCUUGACGAAAAGGACAAGUUCGACCCCGUUCGGAGAUAUAAUGACAUCAAACUUCUUCUCGGGUUAGUUACUAAAGAACUAGCCAGGCGCCUCGACAAGAGUAAAGUCGUCGUCGUUGAACCUACUCCUACAUGGACUUGGAGCAACUUUGGAUCCAACUAUCCUGAUGGUCCCGGAAAAGAUUGGGCCUUUCAGACAUUGAAAGAGAGGGGUCUAUCAUCAGAAGACGCUGCGUUGCAUUAUCUUGUUGCCAUCGUCGGCGACGAUGACGUUCAUGGCCAAUUUCUCGACGAUAAUACGAUUGCUCCGAAACAAAGGCGCUGCGACUACGAUUACGUCAAAAGGGGUUCAUUGUUGACCUCUUCUGAGCAGUCAGAUUCACUUCAAGAAGGCGAUAUCUCAUCUCAACCCAUAAUCUCCACAUCCAAUCGAUAUACGCUCCCUUCUUCCAACUUAUCAGCUCUAUUUUUCCUUGAUCCACCCGUCUUUCGCAACCACAAUAUCGACAUCCCCAAGGCGUUUGCCAAGCUGCCCAGCUCUAUCACUGGACAGCUCGGCAGCAGUCAGCAACAUGAAGAAAUCGGCAGCCGCUUCUUUAACACAGUUCACGCAUGGCUACCCAUGGUAUCUCGCAAAAGAUUCUAUGAGGAUCUACGCAUCCAUUCCGAGAACCUCAGCGCCUCUGCCGACUUGGCUUUUUUGCUCCUGUGCAUGAAGUUGAUGACAUGGCAGCCGCCUUCAGAAGACGACGUCUCUCCAGAGAAGCAAACAGCUCGAACCGCGACAUACAUUGAGACGAAGAGGUUUGGCUUCGAGCUCGAGGCUUCUGGGAUGUUCUCUCUUCGAGUCCUUCAGGGGCUACUUCUCGUGGCGUUUUACGAAGUUGGACAUGCAAUCUAUCCCGCUGCAUUCAUGUCUAUAGCAGCGUGUGUACGAUAUGCACAUGCGCUAGGCAUACAUCCAGGAGGGCUGCAAAGACUAAAACUACCGUUGACGUGGAUAGAGGAGGAAGAGCGGAAGAGGAUCUGGUGGGCAGCGUUUCUGCUGGAUCGAUUUGUUAGCUUGAGCUGUCCAGGGUGCCCGACUACUAUUGAUGAGCCAGAGCCAGAAGAUCCUCUACCAACGGAUGACGAGCUUUGGGACGAGGGUGUCAAGAAAGUGCCCCAUUCGCCGCUGUUAAAGAAUCCCGUCAACAUAGACUUUGGGAGAUUUGCAGUGUUAAUACAGGCCUUUGCUCUCCUGUCCAAGGUGCAGCGACUCACGGCCUCUUCACGGGAUAUUCCGCCACACCUGUUAAAAGAAGAGGCGCAGCGGCUAGAGCGGGCGGUUAAAGCGCUUUAUUACUUUGGACGAAUAGAGCGCAAGCCGGAAACUGGGCUGCCGAGUUCUGAAUUCCAUUCCGUGUCCCAGAUUUCCUUGAUAGCAAUAUAUACUUGCUCCACAAUUCCGAUUGAGAUGCCGGAAAAGUUCAUUGAAUCGCUGGCUGAUACUCUGAACGGCCCCGAUUAUGAGGAUCUUGUCACAGCUGCUCAGCGCGGACAAGAUGAGAUUUCUCCGUUCCUGAUACAGCUCAUAUACCAAGCUUCUGUAAUACUCUUGAAAAUCGAAAACCAUCAAAACGGAGACUGGAGCGAUACAAAAGCAGAGAAGCUCAAGAGCGCCUUAAUAUGGCUGGACAAGAGGUGGAAGCUGGCAGCUGACCGCGGUCAGAAAAAGGGCUCCAUGUUUGUCAGCCUGUCUCUUAACCUCGCUUGCUUCUCACUAUCAGUAAUCUUCAAUCAUCGCCAUAACCUCAAAUCAUAUUCUGUAUAUAAGCUCACACUUCGCGUUCAAAUACGUCAAUCCCCUAAACCUGUUUAUGCGCCAACCGUAACCUCGCCGGUCGCCAUGUCGAACCGAGGCGAGAGCGUCAUCCUCCCCAGCAAUGCCGUCUUCCUAGUUCACAAGGUCGGCGGAACCAAAGCCGGUCGAGUCUCUCAAUGGGAGACGCGCACCAAAUCCAUGCGCGUCGCUCCAGACCUGGCGCCUCGUAUAUCCGUCGCAGUCAAUGGAAACAAUGAGUCGAAGUCAAACUCCAACAUCGCCGAGGGGGAGACCCUGGAGUUUGUCGCCUACACGCCUGGGAAACGACAACAGUUGACAAAGCGAUCAAACGAAGCCAAACGAGGUCGGCGUGCCAAACGCUCUGUUACACCGCCAAAAGAUCGCUCUCUGGUAUCUGUUAAAAAGGAACCGAGAUUAUCUCGCAACCCAAGUCCCAUGCCACCGGAACUUCCCGUGGCUCUGGUAGGACAUGCUCUUCUUUACAUCAAUUACUACUUUCAUUCAAUAGCCGCUGGCUCAUAUACCCUACCAUGUCUUCUUUUCAACCCCGCCAAAAGAGACUGGUUUCCCAAAAUGAUGGAAGAUGAAGCUUGGCGGUGUAUCAUUCUGUCUCUCUCGGCCAACGCUCUGGCCUCGCUGACAGGUUCUCCUUCCAAUUAUGUUGAUUCAGCCUCGCUUCUUGAUGAGGCGCUGCGGCAACUCAAGAGCCGGGUCGCGUCUGGCUCUCUUCCUACUGAUCAGACGCUGGGGGCGAUAUCGUGUUUGGCCAUGUGGAGCAAUGACCAAGGCAACCAUGAUAAAGCUUGGAUUCACGCCCAAGGCCUUGCAGAACUCGUCAAAGUGCGAGGCGGAUUUGCCAAAAUUGAUAAUAGAAUGAGAUCCAAAGUAUAUCGCGGCGUUUUCGAUAUUGCAGUAGACGUUGAUCAGCCGCCCCUACUAGAUGAAGGCCUCCGAGACUCUCCAAGCAGAGAAAUCAUUUCAGAAGACAGUUUAGAGUCAGAGUCUGAGCUGGUUUUAUCUGAGUGUCGAAUUCCACCCCGACUGUCCAGUAUCUAUCAUGAUAUCACACAGCUCAACGCCGUUGUUGACGAUGCCAUGACUCGUAACGUCAAGCUGGACACAGAUAACCUCUACGAGUCCGUCUUUGGGAUUUACAAUCGCCUUCUCAGUUGCCAAUCGGACAAGAUGAGCGACUGCGACAACAGCUUGCGCAUAUCUCUGAUAUUGUACAUCAAAUCUCUUACAUCAGGUGGGCGUUUCAACACAACAUCAAUGAACUUGGUCCGCAAGCUCCAAGCUUCCAUCAAAGGCUGCUUGCACUCCUCCUCACCUUUGAUGCGAUGGAAGCUAUUUAUCGGUAGCAUGGCUGCUUCAGAUGGAACUACCGAACAGCAGUGGUUCUUACAGCAUUUGGCUACAGCCAUAGCGAAGAACGACAUGGCCAGCGCAGACGAUUGGAUGGCGUUCCAGGAAGAGCUGAGCAGUAUCCUGUGGGUUAAGCCAGUCCUUGAGGCUGCUGGAUGUAAUCUGUGGCUGCAGAUAACGAGAGCCAACUCUACGUGA